AUGAGCUUUCCGAACUUCGAGGGUGGUGCGCAGCCACCGCAGCAAGGCGGCGAAGAGCAAGGAGGUUUCGGUGCAGCACCAGGCGCACCUCAGCAGCCGACGGCAUUGGGACAGCAGAUGGAUCCAAGUCAGCAGCAAGGCCAGUUCCCAGGCGCACCACAGGGCGCACCAGGUGCUGCUCAGCAGGCUCUCCAGCCAGGUCAAGAACAGAAGACAACCCUAUGGAUGGGUGAGCUGGAGCCAUGGAUCGACGAGAACUUCGUGCGCAGUGUCUGGUUCGGCAUGGGCUAUCAAGUGAACGUCAAGAUGAUUAGGGACAAGUUCUCGGGAAGCAAUGCCGGCUACUGCUUCGUCGACUUUGAGAACCCGGAGCAGGCUUCUCGUGCGCUGCAGCUCAAUGGCCAGGUCAUUCCGAAUUCGAACCGUCAAUUCAAGCUCAACUGGGCUUCCGGUGGUGGUCUAGCGGAUCGCAGCCGCGAUGACAGGGGUCCGGAGUACUCGAUCUUCGUCGGCGAUCUCGGCCCAGAAGUCAACGAAUACGUCCUCAUGUCGCUCUUCCAAGGCAAGUACACAUCAUGCAAGUCGGCAAAGAUCAUGUCCGAUCCCAUCAGCGGCAUGUCUCGUGGCUACGGUUUCGUGCGGUUCGCCGACGAAGGCGAUCAGCAAAAGGCACUGCACGAGAUGCAGGGCGUCUACUGCGGCAACCGACCCAUGCGCAUCUCCACCGCAACUCCUAAGAACAAGAGCGGUGGCGGCGGUCCUGGAAUGGGUGGAAUGCCUGGCAACCCCAACAUGGGCGUCUACUCGAUGGGUGCUCCACCCAUGGGCUUCUACGGCGCACCUCAACCCAUGAACCAGUUCACCGAUCCCAACAACACCACGGUCUUCGUCGGCGGUCUCUCUGGAUAUGUCACCGAGGAUGAGCUGCGCUCGUUCUUCCAGGGCUUCGGCGAGAUCACCUACGUCAAGAUUCCUCCAGGCAAGGGAUGCGGUUUCGUGCAGUUCGUCCAGCGCCAUGCUGCCGAGAUGGCCAUCAACCAGAUGCAAGGCUACCCGAUCGGAAACUCUCGUGUGCGGUUGAGCUGGGGUCGUUCGCAGAACAACUCCGGCCCAGCCGGCACUCCAUAUCGUCCUGCGCCUCCACCACCUGUGUAUCCGUCGAUGGGCAUGCCUCCGCAGCACCCAUACGGCAACUUUGCACCCAUGAAGCGCAUUUUCGUCCUUGAUGCCUUGAGUGAGAUUGCACUUUAG